AUGGCUGCAUUAGUAGAAAAUGCUACGUUAUCACCAUUAUUAGACACAAUUGAUAUUCUUAAUCAAACAAAUGAAACAAAUACAACACAAAAAGAAAUAUUUGUUGCACGUACAGAUGGAAUGUUAUUAUCAUAUUCAUUUCUUCUUCUUGCUGCACUUCUAUGUGUUUAUUUUGGUUCAUAUCGUUCAAUAACACGUAAAGAUAAACAAAAAACAUCAGGUGAAAAACCUGAUGUUCUUACAACCAAAGAUGCGGCUAUGUUUCCAUUUAUUGCAAGUGGAUUUUUAUUUGGUAUUUAUUUGGUUAUAUUACUUGUUUCAAAAGAAUAUAUAACAUUUGUUCUUAAUAUUUACUUUUUUCUUAUUGGUAUUGUUGCACUUUUUCGAGCAAUACAUCCAGUUUUAAUGAAAAUUCGUUUACCUGUAUUGGAUAAAAUUCGCGAAAGACAAUUUCAUAUAACAUUAACGGAAAAUAAGCCAGCAAAUACGACAACAGAAACAACACAAACAGAAAAGGAUUUAAUGCAUGUAGACUUUAAAUUUGAUCUUGUUGAUGUUGGAGCUUUAUUUUUUUGUGUUUUAAUUGGUGUUUGGUAUUUUCUUAAACGACAUUGGAUUGCAAAUAAUAUAUUUGGUAUUGCUUUUUCAAUUAAUGCUAUUGAAAUUCUUCAUUUUAAUAAAGUUGUAAAUGGAGUUGUUUUGCUUAGUGGUCUUUUUGUUUAUGAUAUCUUUUGGGUUUUUGGAACAAAUGUAAUGAUAACGGUAGCCAAAUCAUUUGAUGCACCAAUCAAAUUACUUUUUCCACAAGACUUAAUUGAGAAUGGAUUAUUAGCUGCAAAUAAAUUUGCCAUGCUUGGACUAGGUGAUAUUGUUGUUCCCGGUGCAUUCAUUGCUUUAUUACUUCGUUAUGAUAUGUCUCGUAAACAGGCGGGUAAAAAAGCAUCAACACUUUAUUUUACUGUUUCAUUUAUUGCAUAUAUAAUUGCAUUGAUUAUUACAAUACUUAUUCUUCAAAUAUUUAAACAUGCUCAACCAGCCUUACUUUAUAUCGUACCACUAUGUUUAAUAUUUCCACUUAUAACAGCAUUGAUUUGUAAAGAUUGGACAACAAUGUUUGCUUAUGAAGAUCAUUCAUCAGAAAAGAAAAAUGAAUAA